AUGCGGGGCUUGAACCUAGACUAUAGUGUUGUAUCACUAACGGUCCCUGAGGCACACCUAUGCGCUCAAACAUAUCAUCAUGGCCUAAUGAUGAGCUUGUGGUCUGUGGUUCUUCGAUGGUUCAUUCGCGAUUGCCACUCUUCAAGAAUUAUCUCAGACAAAAACAAGAAGGACUCUGAUGUCGUCCUUUUGGUGCUGGUAGUGGUAGAGUGUCCUGAUGGCCAAUGGGAAUGUGGAAAGAAGGCCAAGGAUCGUUCCCUGGAUUCCUCGAAGUCUUCGCUAAUGGCUGUUCUCCUCCGGUCGAUCUUUUGA